AUGCGCCCAACACUACCAGGACAUGAUUUGCCUCAGUCUUUAUUAUACUUGACUUUCCUCGCGCCCGCCUUCGCAGCCUCAGUACCGCAGACACGCAAUCCAGACGCAGGCGCUCUACACAUACCACUUUCGCGACGAGCACCAAAACAACGCUCACCCGAAGAGUUUAUGGAAUGGGCACGGCGGGAGAAAUUGCGGCUUCAGUUGAAGUACGGUGUCCCGGAGCUGCGGAAGCGAUCCUCGGGAUACAAUCUCCUGGUAAACCAGAACGCCGAUACUACCUACUACGGUUCUCUCGCUGUCGGUACUCCAGCUGUGGCGUAUAAUGUCGUGCUCGAUACCGGGUCGGCCGACUUCUGGCUAGCAGCGCCGGACUGUAGCGGUUGUCCAAGCGGCAUAGAGACGUUCGACGGCUCCAGUUCAAGCUCAUUCUCCAACCUAUCAGAGUCCUUUUCAAUAUCCUACGGCUCGGGCUCAGCGAGCGGGUAUCUUGUCAGCGAUACGGUGCAGAUGGCAGGGUUUGAGGUUACCAGCCAAACAUUCGGUGUAUGCGAUACCGUCGAGUCCGGGCUCAUUGACUCGCCUGUGUCCGGGCUACUUGGACUCGCGUGGAAAGGCCUGUCUUCUUCCGGCGCCACACCGUUCUGGGAACAGCUCUACGAGUCGAAUGUACUCGACUCGCCGGUCAUGGGCUUUUAUCUCUCGCGCUACUUGAACGUUUCUCAAGCUUCCUCACUCGAAUCGGGCGGCACAUUCACUCUCGGGGCGCUUAACACAAGCUUAUACACUGGAGAUGUGGAUUAUCAAGACCUUGCCCAGGACGACCUAUACUGGACGCUCAGCAUCGCAAAUGCGACGGUAAACGACAACACCAUCUCUAUAUCGAGCGGCGACACCGGUGCCGUCAUUGACACGGGCACCACGCUUAUUGGUGGACCUAGCACGGAGGUGGCGAACAUCUACGCGCAGAUAUCGGGUUCUGAAGCGCUGUCGGGGUCUUAUGACGGAUACUACAGCUAUCCAUGCGAUACGUCUGUCUCCCUCGCGUUCUCGUUUGGCGGACCAUCCUGGGCUGUGUCCAGCGCCGACUUUCAACUGUACGAAAACGGAGACGGAACAUGCAUCGGCGCCGUUUUCGUCUACGAAAGUUCGUCAUCUUCAGAACCGUCCGGGCCGGGCAGUGGCGGCCCCUUCAAGCGCGACACAUCCUCUCCUGCGUGGAUCGUAGGAGAUAGCUUCCUCAAGAAUGUCUACUCUGUGUUCAGGGCGAAUCCCGCAUCUGUCGGGUUCGCGCAACUGAGCGCAGAGGCAUUGGGGAGCGACGGCGCGACGGACGCAAGCGUGCCGACUCCCACGGUUGGAUCCGUCAGUGCCAGCGUCACUGGCUCUUCCAGUAACAGCUCGUCACGCAGUGGCAGCGUACACAGGUGGAGCAUAUCCCUAGGCACUGUCGUCACAGCGAGUCUUGCUUUGUUCGGUUUGCUCUGA